AUGGAACGCUCCGCGAGCAUGUGGCGAAUCAUUGUGCUUACCAUGAUACCCGGCAUAAUUCUUGUAAUACAAAACAGCCUGCAUCUGAGGGCAACAGCAAAGGCAAUAGAAUCCAAGAAUUCGAUGAAAGUAAACGUCAAUCACUCAUUGGAACUGGGCGUCGUCAUCCAUUACCUACAGCUUGAGACGGGAAUAGCGUCCCUUUACCUCAGUUCAAAUCUUGACGAAAUUCUGAACCCGAGAGUGCUGAACGCCUACAGAAACACGGACAAUGCCCUCGAACGUUUGGCUUACUGGGUGUCGCACAAGGAUGCCAUCUCAUUGCCCGCUUAUUUUGCAAGCAAGGAGUCAUUCCAUGAGAACUUGAGGCGAAUCCGUAAGGAGGUCUCUAAUAUAACGGUCCUGGAGGAGGUUGUCAAUCUCUACACAGUCUCGACAGACGUGUUGGUAGACUGGAUGAUAGAGGCGGCUAAAGAAGAGCGAGACACGCCCAUAUGGGCCCAGCUGGUUGCAUAUCACAUGCUCAUUAGAUGCAAGCAAAUGGUGGGCUUAGAGCGCGACAUUGGCUCCCAUUUCUACACACACGGACCUUCGAGUAUGAAGCGACUUAUUUGGUACAAGUCCAACUACGAUCUCGCGAGGACAUUCCUUGCGGCAUUCGGCAGUUAUUCUGAAAAGGGCCAGGCACUUUACAUAGACAUUGUUGAUCCCCGCUUACAAGACAUUGUCGAUGAACUCAGAGCGGAAAUAAUUAACAACUCUAUUAACGAGUUUUCAACAGACAACGGCGUACACUGGUUGGACAACAUGACCGCAUAUCUUGACAACCUGAAAGAGGUGACGGUUCAAAUGGCGAUAUAUAUCGAAUCGGAAGUAGAAGAUGAAAUCUCAAAGGAUGAAGUCGAGGUCGUAAUUGACGUCAUCGUGCUCAUCGUCACCGUGGUGGUUACGUUCGCCGUAUCCUGCCUCAUCUACAAGAUCGCUAAGGACAUCCAAAACGUCAAAGACAUGCUCCAAGAAAAGACGCUACAUCUUGAGAAGGAAAAGAGCAGGACGGAGUCCCUUCUCUCGCAACUCGUUCCCGCAAAAAUAUCCAAGCGAAUGCAUCAAUGUGCCACGGAACCGGAAUUCUUCCCCAAGGUGACCGUCAUGUUUGUGGAAAUCAGCAAUUUCGACAUGCUCAUGUCGAAGACUACGCCCGCAGAGACUUUCGCGUUGCUUAGUGACAUCUUUGAGGUCUACGAAAAACGCUUGAUUCCGUUCAACGUCAGCAAAAUAGCAUGCGCUGGAAGCCGAUUAAUGGUGGCUUCCGGUCUGAUGGUGCGUAUCUCCGCUCGCGCGGCAGCUGAUGUCGCCUGUUUCGCGUUGGAUCUGCUGGAACGAGUCGGCCAAAUACAGGCAGCUCACGUUUUGGGCGGGAAAGUACAGCUACGCUUCGGCAUUAACACCGGUAAUCUACGUGACAAUCGUGCGGCCGUCGGAGGAGUGAUAACCGCUGGCCUAACCAGGUACUGCCUGUUUGGGGACACAGUCACAUACGCCAGGACCCUGGUGGACACGUGUUUACCUCUACACGUUCAAAUAUCAGAGUCUACAUUCAGUGAACUUUCUUCGCAGAAAAACUUCAUCAUGCGAAAACGGGAUGACGACAAAAAGUUGGAUACUACCACGUACCUGAUUUUAGGGAACCAUCAAAGCAGUGUCUCGCAGUCGGAUAUCUAACUUUGAAAAUGCCGGCGACACCCACGUGUGACAUGGUUAAAGGCAGAUGAGGGAUGACAAUCAUAUAA